AUGAGUGUUCCACCUUUGCCUCCUAAUGAGGGUGUGGUGGAAGUCUGGAUGCCUGCAUUGGCACCUUUUGCUAAAAUUCUCUUUAGAGAUGAUGAUGAGGAUGAUCUCUAUAUGACACCCCCACCUGAGACUGUACAUAAUGAGAAUGCCAAUAACAGUGAAGAUGAGGAUGAUCUGUAUAUGACUCCUCCACCUGAGGAUCUCAAUGGACAUGUUGAAAACCAAGAGGCUAUUGAAGAGGCUGCCCAUGUGGAUGUGACUAUGACAAGGACUCCUGAGCAUGAGCGCCAGACUGUGCGGGAGCAAGAGCGUGCUGAAAGGCUUCAGAUGACUUCUCCUACUCUUCGGCGCGAGCGUUCUGCAUUACGAGGCUCUAUUCGUCAGCCUGUUUUUGAGGAUCUCUCUAGACCUUCCCAUCCUGCUACUUCUAAUUCUGCUCAGCCUCCUAUUUCUCUUGCACCACCCAUUCAGCUUCACCAGCCUGCCACACUUGCUCCUCCUGUCCAGUCAUACUAUUCUGCAGUUGCUGCUCCCUCUGCUCCAACAUAUUAUCCUGCUCAAUAUGUUCCUCCCCACUUUUAUCCUGCUCCCAUGUUCCAACACUCUGUCUAUCAUGGUGCUACGGCUUACCAAAUUCCUGGACAGUAUCCUAUCUAUGCUCCUCCUCCAAUGCCUGCACCACCACCUCAUUAUUGGCCUGUGAAUGUUUCUGCCUAUCCUAAUCUUCCACGACACUUGAUUGGGAAUCAUGAUAGACAGGCUCGCACACGUCUUGCAGCAGCUAGCCAUCCUGAUUAUGAGCAUCGUAUGAUGGAGAAUUUUGAAAGGACUCAUGCAGAACGUAGACGUCGUCGUAGAGAAAGCACAAGGCCUGAACCCAAUAACCCUCCUCAUCCUACAUCUUCUAUAAGACAACAGGAAGAGAAUAAUCAUUAUGCAAUUCUUGACCAGCGACAUCAGCAAGAUAUUCAGCAGCAGCAGCACCUUCAUCAUCAGCUUGAUCUUGCAGAGCAGGCACAUCAUCUAGACCUUGAAGAGCAGGCACAUCAGCAUAACCUUGCUAUCCAACAAAAUAAUCAAGCUGUAGUGGCUCAUCAGGCUCUCCAAAAUCUGCCUCUAGGUCGCCGUCCAUAUCAAGAGCCUAUUGCACGUCACAGCCUUGGUCUUAUGAAUAUAGAAUGUGCUCACUGUCUUGCACUCCAUUUCUCUUCUGAACGUCUUACCAACUCCAGUCGUAUCCACCCUCGCUUUGGCAUGUGCUGCUUACAGGGUCAGAUCAGAUUGCCUGCAUUUUUACAACCUCCCCCAACCUUGCGCCGACUGCUUUGGGAAGGUGGUUCAGUUCCAAAAUUUUUUAGAGAUCAUAUCAGGCAGUACAACAGUGCAUUUGCAUUCACUUCUAUUGCUGCCAAGCUAUCAGAUCAUGUUACCUCUACCUCUGGGCCUUAUUCAUUUAAAAUUCAUGGGGAACUGUCUCAUAAGAUGGGAAGCUUGCUACCACCUAACAACAUCAAACCCUCCUAUGCUCAGCUUUAUGUUAUUGAUCCUCAGGCUGCACUUAAUGAGCGCAACAACAAUAAUGCCAACUUGAGAUCUGAAAUCAUGAAUGACUUGCAGGAUAUGUUUCAUACACACAAUCCUUAUGUUCCUUUGUAUCGUCAUGCCUAUCAAAUCCUGGCAGAAAAGAACCCUGGAGAGAAUGACAAGAUUUCAGCUCGCAUCACAGUCUUGCCUAAUGCCGAUCAUCGUCGCUAUAAUGAGCCUACUGUUGAUGAGGUUGCUGCUAUUAUACCUGGGAAUGGAGAUGAGGAAGUGGAUUUGCACAGAGAUAUUGUUGUCCGCUAUAACCAUGGAGGUCUAAAGCACUUUAGCCAUCUUCACCCUCACUACAGUCCCCUACAUUAUGUGACAUUGUUUCCACAUGGCGAACAAGGCUUUCAUCCCAAUAUUCCUGCUCAUCCUGGACCUAAUGGCCAAAUGCUCUCAUCCAAGGUGUCUCAGCGCUGUUAUUAUGCAUAUCGUCUUAUGCGCCGUUUGCUUGAACCUGAAACUAUCUUCAGAGCUGGCAAGCUAUUUCAGCAAUAUGUGGUUGAUGCUUGGGCAUCUAUUGAGUCUAGCAACCUUUUCUGGAUCAGGAACCAUCAGAAGGAGAUUAGGGCAGACAAGUACCAGUCACUGUUUGAUGCCAUUCAUGCAGAAGCAGGUCCUGAUCGUGCCACUAUUGAAAUUGGAGAUAUUGAUGAGAUUAAGGACUAUGUGGAUGCUCGCUAUAUUGGACCUAUGGAGGCUUGCUGGAACAUCCUUGAAUUCCCAAGGCAUCUGGAGUUUCCUUCAUCAGUCCAGUCCAACCAAGGCCAAGUCUUCUUUCUGCACAGUGCUGGAGGUGGUGGAAAGACCUAUGUUUGCAACACCAUUGCUGCCUCUGUCCGCUCUCAAGGCAAGGCUGCUCUUUGUGUUGCUUCUUCUGGCAUUGCCUCCUUGCUUCUGGAUGGUGGUCGCACUGCUCACUCUCGCUUCAAAAUCCCCAUUGAGGGUCUCAAUGAGCGCUCCUCUUGCUCUUGGGAGAAAAACUCUGACUUUGAUGGUCUUAUUCAUCAGACUGGGGUGGUCAUUUGGGAUGAGGCACCAAUGCAGCAUCGCUAUGGAAUUGAAGCCGUUGAUCGCACUCUUCAGGAUCUCAUGGACAACCCUGCUCCUUUUGGUGGUGUUACUGUGCUAUUAACCCUGGAGCCAUCUGGAGAAGCCUGCCCUAUUCCUUUGAAGCGCAGACAAUUCCCUGUCCAUGUUGCCUUUGCUAUGACCAUCAACAAAUCACAAGGACAGUCUGUCAAGUUUGUUGGAUUGGAUUUGGAGCGGCCUGUAUUUUCCCAUGGCCAACUUUAUGUUGCACUGUCACGCUGCACAUCAGGAGAUAGAAUCAAGGUGUUAUUCCCACCAGACUCACAAGGGACCAAAACCACCAAUAUAGUGUACCCUGAGGUAUUACAAGGCAUUUUGGAUAAUCAAUAG